AUGGCACGAUAUAAUGCUCCAUUUCAUCAAUUACGUAUUCAAUACAAUUCAAAUAAAGGCAAAAAUUAUACUGAAGAAGAUGAUCGUUUUCUUCUUUGUAUGUUACAUAAACUUGGAUUUGAUAAAGAAAAUAAAUUACAACGACGUUCAAAUACAUUAAUUACAUUUGUUGCACGAGAAAAUCAAGAAUUAGAAGAACGUGAACGUGCUGAAAAGAAAAAAGGUCGUUCAUCAACAAAAUAA